AUGGGGCAACCUGGAGCGAAGGGACAGAGGGGAUUUCCUGGCUCCCCCGGACCUGCUGGAGCUCCAGGCACAACUUUGACUGGACCUAAGGGGUCAGCGGGUCAGUCAGGACCUCCUGGACCCCCUGGUUCACCUGGGGAAGGGCUCCAGGGGCAGAAGGGUGAGCCUGGUCCUCAGGGUGUCCCAGGUCCCAGGGGUCCUCCAGGACGUGGACCGCUGGGAGAUCAGGGGAAGAGAGGACACAGAGGUCCAAAGGGCUUCAAAGGAAUGGUAGGAGACCCUGGAGACCCUGGGGCUGAAGGACCUGUGCCUCAGCCUCAGUGCAGGUCCUCCCCUCUGGACCUGGUUAUGGUCAUACAGAGUUCCACGCUCGGGGGCCCAGUGCUCGAGCUGCUGCUAUCCCUGCUGGAGGGCUCCUCUGUGGGCCGUGACACCACUCAUGUUGGGGUGGUUCUACCAGGCAAUGCCCCCCAGACCCUGCCCCUGUCCUGGGAGCUCAACCAGCUCAGGUCCUUCAUACUCUCCCAGCCCCUGGUCUCAAAGUUUGUGUCCACAGACGGAGCUCUCCUCUGGGCACGGUGGCUGCUGGAGGAGGGCCGUCCGGGGGCACACAAGAUGGUGGUGGUUCUUUCCGAUGGCCCAGGGGCGGAGCAGCGCUGGGUGGAGGCUUACAGCAGGAGCGUAGAUGACUUUGUAGUAGCAACGAUGAAGACGAGCGGAGGAGGAGCAGAGGGGAUGCAGAUCAUGAGCUGCAAGCCCAAGAAGAGCCAUGUGGUCAGCCAGGAGAGAGUCAGGCACUUGCCAGAGCUUGAGAAUAAAGUGCUAAGACUCAUUUGUGAAGAGAAAAAGAGGAGUUCCAUCACAUUCAGUACCAGACCAGGCCUCCAACUGGGACCCGACGGACUUCCAGAACCAUCUACGUACACUGAGGUGGAACCAAUCCGAACACAGCUCGCAGACAUGCCCAUCUCUUCAGGAGACUCCCACAGAGCCGAGGCUGGAGUGGACUCCCCUCACAGUCAGAACAUGUCACUGCUGGGAGCGGCUCCAGGACCUCUGGAUGUGGAGCUCCUCAAGGCCCUGUCCCCCUCACUCAUGCCUCCCCUGUUCUGGUCUGCAGCCACCACAGAGACGGAGACUGAGGCGGACCACAGAGCACUGUCUCCAGUUGCUGCUGGAUGCUCAGAGCCUCUGGACCCCGGACAGUGUCGGGACUACACGGUCCUGUGGUACUUCGACCCCAUCGCCAACACCUGCGCCCAGUUCUGGUUUGGAGGCUGCCACGGCAACGGAAACCGGUUUGAGACUGAGGCGAGCUGCAUGCAGACGUGUGCCAGGGUCUAA